GAUGUGAUGUGCCAGUUUGCCAAAAUAGGAAAAAACAGGAAAAAAUCUACUUUUUCUGGAGAUUUAGUGGUUUUUAUUAUAAAAAAGAAUAUAUUAAUUUGAAAACCUAAUCACUUUUUGAAUUCUGUCUCACCAUGGAUGAUAAAGUCUUUAUGUGGACAUCUGAACUCAAUAAAAAGUUAUUCAAACUUCGUUUCGACCAUGAUGAAUUAUUCAAGAAAAAGAAACAGCCAUGGAGAGAAUUUUAUAAAAUACUUAUUGAGAAUGGUUUCCCAAAAGAGAUGACUGUCAAUCAUGUGAGGAAGAAGUGGUCGUAUACCUAUGAUACAUAUAGAAUUGCUAAAAAGACCAAAAAUAAAAAUUGGAAAUACUACAAAUUGUUUGAUAAACAUUUUGGAAAAUCUAAAAUAUUGGAUAAAUAUGAAUUUUGGAGUGAUGAAUGGCGAUUAAAACUAAUUACUUGUAUUUCAGAAGCAACUAGCCAUAAACUUGAUUUACAAACAAUGUGGAAGACUGUUGAAAGAGAUUUAAGAAAUCAAGAUAUGCCAAUUGAAUGUUGUAUUCAAGAUAUAAAAGCAAUAUGGCAACAUUUAAAGACUACAUUCAGUAGGAAACAUAGGUUGAAAUUGAAAAAGGGCACAGAUUCAACCGAGUGGCCAUUGUAUGAUGUGAUGCUAAAAUAUUUCGAAAAUUAUGAACCAGACUAUUUAAUUAAAUUGAAGAAUGAAUCUACAGUUGAAUUUAGCACAAGGGAAAAGAAAUUAUCAAGAUACUACAGGAAAACAAAUAAGGACAACAAUGAUAAUGACAAUGAAAAUGACUUUCAGUGGUCAAAAGAUAUAACAGAAACAUUCAUACAAAUAAGACUGCAAAAUGAUUGGCUCUUCAGCAAAAAGAAAUGGGCUUGGAAUGAUCUACGUAAAAUCAUGGUUGAAGAAUACGGCUUUCCUGUUACGUUGACAAGUAGAGAGAUAUGCCGGAAAUGGGCUGCAACUUUUUCUGAAUAUCAGAAAGCCAAAGCGACAAACAAUAAAUCUUGGGUGUACUACAAUCUAUUGGAGGUCUAUUUGGGAGAGGGAAGUCACCUGAAAAGUUUGAAUCCAAUUGUUAACUGGCAAGAGCAAUGGGUACAUAAUCUGAUUAAUGUAAGGAUUGAUUUGGAUCAUUUAUUUAAGUUUUCAAUGAAAGAUCAAAGCGAAGGAUGGAGAGAAGUCGAGAAAAGAUUACGUAACCUCAGCUUGCCCCUUGAUCACAGCCUGCUUGAUCUUCCUGAGAUUUGGAUACACUUAUUGAAGACAUUCCGGUGGAAAAAGAAGUUUGCCAACAAAGGCAUCUUAAACGAACAUUGGCCUUACUAUGACGCUAUGGCUCGCUACGUAGAGUCGCAUACCUCACAACCAAGAAGGCCAAAGGUAAAACAAAGAGAGCAAGACAAUAGCGAUAUGGAUGACACGGCAGUAGAAGAUGAUUGCGAGGAUGAUAUGAAGCUGUUAGAUCUCAAACAGCGCUGGAGUCUGGAGCCAAAAUUAGAAACGGAUUCGCACCAAUGUCGGUCAUGUUUCAAUGGACAAGCUACUGUAAAUAUAUUUGAGGAGAUGGACGGCGAUGGGAUGGAUAUCGCUUGCAAGCUGAGAGUAAUUGGUGGUAUUGAGGUUAACAAAUCUGAUAAUUUACCUUCACAAAUUUGCGGGAUUUGCCUUCGGGAACUUGAGAACGCUUACAGAUUCAGAAGAAAAUGUCAAGAUGUCGAUAAACAUUUACGCAAUGACACACUGAAUGUAAUUAAAAUAGAAAUUACCGAAAAAGUGGAAGAAAACCAAGAGAAUCAAGAUCACAAUAAUAUAAAUGUUUCGAGAGAAAAAGUUGAGCACGAUGAGUUUGAUGGCAUGGAUAUACAUUACGACGACGUUCCCGACGAGUCAGAAAUGAAAAGUGAUUCUAAACCGACGCUUAUGAAAAAAGAACCACAGAAGGUGACAAGAAAGAGGAAAAAGGUUCGUAAACUGAGAUAUGAUUAUUGGAAAGUAUGCGAAGUUUGCGGAAAGCACACGAGGAACCUAGUCAGCCAUUUGGACAUGCAUUCCACGGGCAAGCCGUAUUCCUGUAACGUUUGCGACAAGAGAUUUAAAUUUAAAAGUGGUCUAGUGAUUCAUAAGGCAGUGCACAAUCCGACGCCUCGAAAGACCUGCGAAGUUUGUGGAAAAACAUUCCAUGUGUUGGCUCAGUAUAGGAGACAUUAUGUUUAUCAUGCAAACGAAAGGAAAUACGCUUGUGAAACAUGCGGGAAGCGAUUUAACACGUUAGAUAUACUAAGAGUUCACAAUCGCACCCACACCGAUGAGAGACCGUUCACUUGCCAGGAGUGUGGGAAAACAUUCAGAACAGCAGGAUGCGUCAGUAGACAUAAGAGAAUUGUACAUAGAAAUUUAAAAGUACAAUAAAUUUGAGGAAUACUACAU